GGUUCAGGUCCGUUUGGAUUUCGCUCAUCCUGAUAUCCUCCCGUCAUUUAACUUCCUCGUCAACACAUUCCUCAUGAAAUCAUCCGUAUGAGCCCGACAAGCAUUCCAGAUGCCGCUGUCACAGAUGCCUCAACCACCUGGGUGCCUGAGAAGCAGCCAGGUGCCGUCGCAGCAGCGCUCUGUGUCGCAUUCGCCCUAUUAGUCGGCCUCGUGCUCUACCUCUUCGGAUGGAAGAAGAUCAGAAAGCUGAGGCAUCCACCGCCAGCUUCUCUACAUCUUACAACGGCAAAUCAUCACCGCAGUCAGCAUGAUGCAUCCGAUCCGUCGUCUUUGAGCCCCUAUGACUUGCCCAGGCUACCGAGGAAAGCACGGAUGGCAAAGCUGACCUGCGGAAAGCUCGAGUCGUUUGCAAAGGUCGCCGAAGCCAAGACGUGUCCUGUUUGCUUGGAUGACUUCGUCGCUGGAAGUGUUGUUGGACAGUUGCCGUGCAGCCAUGUCUUCUGCUCGGCUUGCAUCGAGCUUUGGCUCCUCAAGCACGCUUACACAUGUCCGUUGUGCCGCUUCAAUCUUGAGGCUGGCGAAGUGCACUCCAAAACAUGAUGGGAGAGCAGUCAAGGAUCAUGAGAGUACAUUAGUACAUUGCUCCAGGCAUGGGUUUGAAGGAACUUGCGCUUUGGGAGACUACUCAGAUCAUCGCGGCCUCAAUCAAUACAGUCGGCCUUUGCUCAUAUACCGCCAUGAGAAAUGCCAGGCGUGGAUGCUAUAUGAUAGUUCUUGGCAUCAAAAGUAAAAGAAGCUUCAUAUUAAUAGUAAAUGGUCGUCGGUACUGGCUAUCUACGCCAAUGGGUCGUGGAGUUGUGUUAGCAGAUGCAGCUACAGUCAGUCCUUGAACAAUCUAAUACAAGUACCACUGCUUGAUUCAAC